AUGGCUGCUUCUCUCUCGCUUGUCUUCUUCUUCUUCAGCUUCCUGUUUCCAUUCUUCUCCAUCUCCAACGCCAUUGUUCCCGCCGCCGACACCUUCCGAUAUGUCAACACCGGCGGUUUUGGCCUAGCCGAUUCCGAAUACGGCCCCAAUUACCGCCCUCUUCCUCCUUUCACCGCACCAUUCCAGCUCUGUUUCUACAACACCACCCCCAAUGCCUACACUCUUAGUCUACGAAUGGGUAUAACACGUGAUAGAUCCAUCAUGCCCUGGGUCUGGGAAGCCAACCGCGGAAAACCCGUUCGUGAMAACGCCACUYUCUCCUUCGGCUCCGACGGSAACCUGGUUYUGGCCGAUGUAGACGGYCGGAUUGUMUGGCAAACAAACACCGCCAAUAAGGGUGUUGUUGGGUUCGAAAUACUCUCAAAUGGUAACAUUGUGCUCCGUAACGCUCAGGGUAAUUUCAUCUGGCAAAGCUUUGAUUCUCCAACCGAUACCAUCUUGUUCGGCCAGAGUCUCCGGAUCGGAGGUCCUACUAAGCUUGUGAGCAGGGCUUCCACGACGGAAAACGUUAACGGGGUGUAUAGCUUCGUAUUAGAGCCUAAAAGAUUGGCUUUGUAUUACAAGRCCAUGCGUUACUGGUCAUCCUCCUUUACCCAAGUGAACAAGGCCAACGGGAAUUUGGUUAAUGCAACGUUAGAAGUUGGAGAAUCUGAAUAUGUUGAUAGCAAUUUUAACGCACUCGUGUGUCGUUUCUCCAACUCCGAUGCCGGAACUUUUCUAGAUCUCAACUUAUUGAGAUACAACAGCACGUUCUCGUAUCUCCGGUUGGGCAUCGAUGGGAACCUAAGACUGUACAGUUAUCGUCGAAAUGCCGUUUCAAGUGCUUGGAGCCUGUUAUUCACUUUGUUCGAUAGAGGGGUGAGUGAGAGGGGGGAGGAAAUCGAAGAUGAUUGCCAAUUGCCCGAUCGGUGUGGGAAGUUUGGGCUUUGUGAGAACAGCCAAUGCGUCGGAUGCCCGACACCGAAUGGUGUUUCUGCAUGGAGCGAAGAUUGUGUUGCAAAGGUGGCGGGAUGUGAGGCGAGUGGUUUUAGAUACUACGAGCUCAAAGGGGUGGACCAUUUCACGGUGAAAUACAGUGCAGGGAUGGGUCGGGUGAAUCGGAAGGAUUGCGAGAGCAAAUGCACGAAGGAUUGCAAGUGCUUGGGGUAUUUCUAUCACACGGAUCGAUCGAGAUGUUGGAUGGCUUACGAGCUGAAAACGUUGACGAGAGUUGGGAACUCGAGUCAUAUGGCGUACAUCAAAACACCCAUCCGAUAAUUGGGUCAUAAAUAGUGAUCCGAGUAAGGAGUUGAAGAAAUUGUGUGUUUGUUAAAUUAUUUAUGUGUUUGGGUCCAUGUGAUCAUUUGUGUGUUUGGGU